AUGGAGCGCUAUCGGUACAUAGAAGCAGAUCAAGUAGACUGUAAACUUCGGAGUUUGGAGCAGAACUUUACGGAGACUGCUAAUGAGGAUAUCAAAUGCAGGAUAAAUUCAAUAAGUCACUGGAGAACAGGAUUAGUUGAAAAGUGCCUAGAAUUGCUUCCUGAGGUGCAGAUACAAGAAGCAAGGGCUGGAAGGACUGCUGAUUUUGAUCUAUCUUCAUCCCACAAUGUGCCAAUGCAUUUUGAGUCAGAUUCCGUUAGUAUGCUAUCAAAUCAUGCUACCAUAUUGACUUCCUCAACUGCAAAGCCAUCUAUAUUUCUUCACGAGAGUACUAGAUCCUUUCCUUUUAGAAACCCUUCACAUGAUGUGAUGAAAAAUUUUACUAGCAGCAUGAAUAAUGCCCAUUUGGAGCCAGGCAAAAGGGCAUCAUCCAUUCUUCAGAACAGUUUUCUUUCUCCUUUGGGCGGUUCUUCCAGAAUGAAGUCUGUAGUUGGUGGAGUUUCUUUGGGUCCCUACAAUUGGAGCCGCUCUCCUCCAGAUGGUAUAACUUCUGAUAUCCAACGUCAUCAAUCUGCUGGCUUCUCACUCUCUGCUAGUUUUCAAUCUAAACCACAAAGUGUGGCCCUUAGAUCUCAGAAUGGCAAUCAGCUUCGUGCUGAAAGUGCUGUGAAACUAAAAAGUGUUGAAGAUUUCCAGUCAUGCAAUUUGAAAAUAACUACUGAAGAUCACAAUGAUCUGAUGGAUACUUCACUUAGUAAUGGGUUUUCAAAAAAGCCAACUCGUAAUCAGCAGCCAAAAGGGUAAGUGACAUUAGGAUUAU